AAAAAAGAUUGGUUUUCUGUUUUUAUUUACUCAACACCUUUGCCUUGUGCCAAAAGUCCGUCCGUUACUGUUUCUUCGGGUGGGAAUAAUGAAUAAAUAGAAAAAUAAAUGGCAAUGAAUUAAAAAAAAAAACAAACCAACAGCCAUUCCCACCCGAAUCGAGCCAGCCCGAACAGUCCGGAGCAGUUAAGGAACCGGUAUCGGAAGCGGUCGAAGUACAUAAAUAACCACCUCCGGCCUUACCUAUCCUCACACGCGUUCGCGCGGAACUUUGUCAUCCCUUUUUACCCCUAUUCGGUUGAGGGAGGUACUGCUGGUAGUGUGUCCGGACCGAUCCGUUUGCGUGCAUCUGCGUGCGACAAAUAUUCGCGCAACGGCAUUCGUUCAGCAGGUUCCAGACCGGGGAUCCAGGUUUUGUGCAAUCUCUAGUGCAGCGGCUUAGUGUUCGUGUUGUGGUGCGCACAAUCCUAGUGUUUUCGAUCGCCAAAGGUGAACCAGUGCCAGAGUAGGCAAAAAGUGUAUUGCGGCAGUGUGUGGGAUUCGUUCGCGCCGAAGCGUUUGGCCGGUCGUUGGCCUGCCGGAUGAUAAGUGUUGUUUGUGUGCGAUGUUGUGGUAGGUUUAUGGAGUGUGCGUCUGUGGCUGUGUGUGUGUGAGUUGUGGCUUGUUGUUAUAAAUUUUACUUCAGUGUUGGCAAGGUUCCUCUAAGAAAAAGGGGAAGUGACGCAAAGGUUUAAUGAAAAGUGCACCUGGAAUUGCGAAGAAAUAAUCAUUUGAAAUCACCUGCCCGUGAGAGAGUUACAAAGUUACAGAGAAAACCGAGAAAACAAGAAAUUUAUAUAACUUUGUUUAUCAUAUAAGCUGAGGCAUCGAGCGCUAAAGUGAUACGACGGUGCAUAAGGGCAGCAUACAGUGCCGCGCGACGGUACAGCGCUGCAGCACUCCCCGCUUUGCAGCAGCAAGGGCAACUCAGCGGGAUUGUUAUGUUAAGCUUGUGAAGCACCUUCCAUCACCAGAAGACACCAAGCACUGAACGGCGGCUUGUGAUGUGAGCUCGACAUAACCGCGCGACAUCCCGCUAAAUAUGAACUGCACCGCCAUCAAUAGCAACCAGAUCGAAACGACACCAAACAACCUGCCCCGGCUGAUGGGGGGCAUUGGCACGGCGACACCACUGUCCACCAGCCACACACCAACCAGCCGCACGGCCAAAGCAACCAUCUGCAGCGGCCCGGGCGGUACGGGCGGUAGCGUAGGGACGACCGUGUUCUUCCACCGCACCACCAACAACCUGCUGGAUGUGCCGCGCACCGCCAACAGCUCCGAGGAGGAAAACUCACCGACGGAAUUGAACACCUGCCGCAAGCUGACCGAAAAGCCCCCGCUGGUAAAACGACUAACGAUGGGUAUCCUCAGGACGGCGGAAGAUAGCCGACCGCUUGUGCACAGUUCGUCCUCGCCGUCGAGCUCGUCCAGCUCCUCCCAGACGAUCUCGGACGGGUACGUGAACGAGGGCAUCUGUGCCGAUACGGCUGAGACAACGCUCUCGACGACAGUGUUCACUACCUGCAGCAGCAACAGCAACAAACUGUCCGGCUCGGCAACAUCUGCCACCAUCACCACCACUCCGACGAUGGCCGCCGGCAGCAGCACAAUCCGAAGUCCGCUCACGCCGGGCACGUCGCUGGGUGCGGCGGGAACUAGCAUACUGUUCGAUGCCGGUGGCCCCCGCUACAAUCAUACGGCGACCACCCUGCUCUACCCACCGGCCGUUCCGCUGCGCAACGAUAGUCUCAGCCUGAAGGAACAGCACGAGCUGAAAGGGGCGCCCUGGUUCCAGGCGGGCAUACCGCGCGAAAUUUCGCUCGAGGUGCUUUCGCGCCAAAACCCGGGCGCAUUCCUGGUGCGCCAAAGCACAACCAAACCGGGCUGCUUCGCGCUGUCGCUACGUGUACCGCCGCCGGCCCCGAAAGUGGCCCACUAUCUAAUACUAAGAACGAUACGGGGGUAUAAAAUUAAGGGUUUUACGAAAGAGUUUACAUCCCUGAGGGCACUGAUAACGCAUCAUUCGGUGAUGCCGGAGCUGUUGCCCGUGCCGCUAGCACUGCCGCGACCGCCCCAGAUCGUGCACCGGCAGGAAGACCCGGAGACGUACGGUUCGCUGAACGACUUUCAGAACAUGAUUACCGAGUAACUGAUUUCGGAACGCACGACGUGUUUCUUUCCUGUUUCUUGAUGUUGAUUAGAAAAAGAGAGGAGAAGAAGAAGAGGUUAAUUAAAUCCCACAAAUCGGACACAGUUUGAAGUGGGAAGUAAGCGAUAUGUUUUGCAUUUAUUCGUUUCGUUCUAUGCUUUUUCUCAUUGCCUCUGGUAAGCCAAAACGUCUGAAAAGUCUCGAUCGAAACGGUUCUACAUUACGUUACGGACCAACACUCGGAACUAGAACUAGAAAAAGUACACCAUAUUUUACGCCUUUUUCCUUAAAGUUGAUUUUAAAAAGUGACCUUACUAUGUUCUGUCUAAUUCUUUAAAUUUCCUGCCCCACUGUUGGUAAAAUACUCUACAAAAGAGAAUCUUAAUACUGUAAAACCGGUUCAUUUACUACAGAAACGGGGAAAAGCUACAGAAUGGAACACAAAAUUAAGAGAACCCUAGUCAAAAGGCAGAUCGAACAAGAAGGAACGCUUCGGGACAGGUUUGAAAAGAACGUGAUAGUCUGUGUGUAGGAUGCGAGUGUAAACAAAACGCUAUAGAAAAUAGUAAAAUGAUUCAAAAGAUUAUUAAAAGAAGCAAUAUUGUUGGAAAAGAAACGGUAACU